AUGCAGUUUUACACCGCACAGUUCACCACGCUCCCCGUUUCAAUGCAGCAAGUGCGUGAGUUCAACCCGCAGCUCGCCUCGCAGUCGCCGACCUUCCGCCUCUCCGAUGGUACCGUCUACUACGGCGAGGUGGAUCGCUCGACGGGGCUCCCGCAAGGCCGCGGGAUCGCGUGUUUUAAGGUGGUUACGAUCAACCCCGCCGGGGCUGGAAAUAAUAACAUCCUCCAAACCCCCCCUUCGACCUCUUCUUCGCCGUUAUCCGCACCAAUUGAACUCUCCUGGAGUACCCAAAAAACCCUCCUCCAGGCCUUUCGGAUCUACCGCAAUGGGGAUCGCUACGGCGGGCAGUGGUCACAAGGGCGGUUUGAAGGGGAAGGGGUGCUGAUCACCUCGAGUUUUGCGUAUCAAGGGGGUUGGAGUGAUAGUCAUAUGCACGGCAAAGCGGUCAUUCAAUACGAACGAAGCUACGUUGAUUAUUAUCCGAACGACGGCGGUGAUCGGGCGCUCGAUUUGGGCGUCAGCACCCUCUUGCUGCGGGGUCUUUCGUAUCUUUCCCCGUUUGAGGAUACGGCGCUGAAGCCGAAAGAAUAUAUUGGGGAUAUGGAGAAAUCAAGGCUCCGUCAUGGGUAUGGAAUCAUGCGAUACUACAACGGGGAUGUCUAUGAAGGGAAAUGGUUUAACAACCGACGUCACGGGCAAGGGAAGCUGCUCCGGGCGGAUGGGGAGAUCUACGAAGGGAUGUGGGAACGCGAUGAACGGCAUGGUGCAGGAACGAUCCAAAGCAUCGACGGCACCUGUUUUAAAGGGAUGCUCGAGCAUAACCUGCGGAGCGGGGAAGGGGUGAUGGUCUUCACCAACGGCGAUGAAUACUACGGGAACUUUUCCCGGAAUCACAUCGACGGGCAUGGGACGAUGCGAUUUAAGAACGGCGACGUCUACGUCGGGAACUGGAAAAACGGCAUCCGGCAUGGCGAAGGAAAGUACACGCUGAAGCGGAAAGGCGCGAUCGUUCGCGGGAAUUUCAGCAAAGGCCUCAUCGAGGGAAACGGCACGGUCGAGCUCCCUGGCGUCUCCCUCUUUGUGGGUGUUUUUGAGCGUGGGGAGCGAAUUAAAGGGACGGUGUUCUGGAACGCGAACGACGAAGGGGAGAAAAGCGCGAUCGCCGUCCACGAAGAGGAUUCCACGCAGCUCAAUCCGUCGGAAGGAUCAGUGGGAAAGAGCGGAGAGUGCGAACCUUCCACCUCGUCCCCCUCCCUCAUCACGCAAUCCUCUUCCUCGCCUAAAAACACCAUCACCAAGACGGCGAUAUCCUCCCCUACGGGUGCGAGGGAUCGAAAAUGCUAUCAAGGUGAGUGGGUAGGGGAGAACAUGCAUGGCAAAGGGCUGCUUUGGUAUCGCAACGGCGACUUUUAUUAUGGCUUUUUCCACCAAAAUAAACGCCACGGGGCGGGAAAUCACCGCUACGCCGAGGACGGCCGCGAGUUUAGCGGGAAUUUCGUCGACGACGUUCGUCAAGGCUUCGGCGUCGAGCAAAGCGCGGAUAGGCUGAUUAAGGCGGGCUGGUGGGAGCAAGACGUCUUUGUGGAAGGCUAUCAUGGGGAAUGGGAUGGUCGCGAGCUUCACGGCGUUGGUCGUCUGCGGCUCGCCGUGGAAACGUUUUUACAUCAGGAUUGUCGGAAAGUCUACACGAGGCGGGCGGUGUUGGCGAGUCGCCCAUCACCGUCAAUCCUGAUGGAUUUUUUUGGCAUUUUUCAAGAUGGCCUUCGCAAUGGGGAGGGCCUUCUUCGCCUACCUUUCCUCCCUUUGCGAGGGGAGAACGGCGUGGGCCCGACAGGGGAGGAGCGGCGGUAUGAUUUAUACGGCCCCUGCGUCGCCACGAUCGGCCGAUCGAAUGAAAAAAAGCCGCCCCCAUCGAAGGAUCCCUCGCGCCCGACGGACGGCUGGUUUCCCCGUCAGCACGUCAUCAAAGCGCGUUGGAAGGAUGACGUGCUCGAGACCGAGGAUGGGGUGUGGGCGUUUCCCAGCGGCGAUGUUUAUUGCGGGCCCUUCUCGAACGGCCUACGCGCCGGUCCGGAAGGCCGUCUUUGGAUGUCCAACGGCUCCGUGUAUGUGGGGGAGUGGCGGGAGAAUACCCCCUGCGGGGAGGGCUACUUUUACGCGAAAAACACCUUCAACCCGAUCUACGUCCGCCCAGACGUGCCUCAUGCGCGGCCCGGCCCUGAGGCCUUCACCAAGGAUAGCCCAAGCCCGCCGUGCUACCUAACCACUUCAGACAACCUAAAAGAACCCGAUAGCGACGUACGGAAUCUCGUUUUUAGCCUUUGGGGGGCCCCAUCCGGCGUGGAGGAUGGGGUUAAGAAGAACCAUCCAGCUUCAGUUGAGAGCCCCACGCAGCCGCUGCGGCGGGGGUUGGUGGACUACCGAGAUGACUACGUGCUUAUGGGGAGGUGGAAUAGGCGGGUUCUCCCGAUCGCGGCCUACAAGGAGCUCGUUGCACCACAGCUCAACGAGGUGGCGGUGAUGAAAAAGACCACCGCGUUGCGGGGCUCCACCAUAGCGCAGGUCGUGAUGCGGGGAUACGACGCCCUGGGCAAGGGGAAACCCCCUUCCGACGCGCCUCCGAUUGCACCAAUCAAGGCCCCGAGCUCGAUCCCGCUGGGCGAGCAUGAGGGGUUGAGUAUCGUCUUAUAUACCUCCGGAGUGUGGGUGCAGACCUUUUUCAUUGGGAACUAUCCCAUGAUGGUAACGCCGUAUCUGCCAGGGUCGGCGUUUGAUUGCUACCUGCAGCGGUUGCAUCACGAGGGGCACCUUCCAAAAGGCUGUCAGGUGCCCUCACACACCUCCUCCUUCACCACAUCGUUGCGGGCUGUGAUGAAGGAGGUCGACAGGCCAAAGACGGCUGUCGCGCCCGCCAAAGGGGCUCGCAGUGGGGAUGGAAAAGAAACUGCCAGAUCUGGCGAGCCGAUGGAUAAGGAUUACCCCAAAAGGUCCUUUGAAAUGGAGGCGAAUACCGUUGCGUUAGGGAUUAACACACCCACCGCACAGCGUCCUUUUGUGCGGUCUAGCGAAGGGAAAGGCGGUGAGGACCUCGCCCCAACGUCGGUGGACUGCUGCACGUUUUGCAAAAAAAACUACAACUUUUUCCGCUCCCCAAAGUCGUGCACGCUGUGCAUGCGCUCUGGCUGCGCGUCUUGCCUUAUUCCUAUGGAAUCCACCUCAUCUCGGCAGCCUGACAUCGACGCCUUGAUCGCCCGCUCCCUUAUGCUGCAGCAGCGGGUCCUGCAGCACGCGAAAAAUCAAAUCGUCAACAAGGAUACUAAUUUUGAAACCUACAGAGAUUUAUCCGCGCAGGGCAUCACAUCUGUACCGGUAUGUACAGACUGCACCCGCUCGGUAAUGCUAGGGAUUCAAACCAACAUUAUAUGGAUCCCGAUGCAAAUAAUCAACUCCGUCCUCUUUCCCGUACCGAUGAAAACUCCAGAGAGGAAUAAAUCGCCCCUUGAAAGCGACAGGCCAAACCUCCCCGAGGGAAAAGAGGAGUCUGGAAUGGAUCCCAAUCAGGCGGUGCCUCCCAUAGAAACAGAUUCCGACGUCACAACCGUCCCCUCGGUCAUCACCACGAUGCAGAUCAGAAAACCAGCGGAUGGCCUUGGAAACCCCGCCUUCCCAACCGACCCAAGAGGACGCUACGAGAAUGCAGAGGAAAAAGAAAACCCUUGCGAUGAGGUGGAGUCUUUGACCUCGUCGAACUCUGCGGAGGUGCCUCUCCCGACGUUGUCGGACGUUCCUUCCUCCUCCUCCAAUCUCUUCAGAUCGCCCGGUGGCCUCGACGAAAGGGAAGUGGUGCGUGGAUGCGAUGACGGAGCGCCCGCGAUCCCCCCUCUCCUGCGAUCCCAAAGUCGAAAAACGCCGAGCACGGAUUACAUCAUCUACGCCGGCUACACUUCGAAAUCCAUCCCCCACCUCUGGGGGGAGCUGUGGUGGGGAGGGGAAAAUAAAGGCUACUACAACGGAGGGUUUUGCUUCGGGGAGCGGCAUGGCUACGGAACGCAGAUUAUGGUCUCCGGCGAGAAAUACGAGGGUUGGUUUCGGCAUAACCUGUGGAGCGGAAAAGGGAAUUACUUCUUGGACGACGGCUCCGUUCUGCAUGGAAUUUUUCGCCGAGGCAAGCUGCGCAGGUUGUGUUAUCACGGUGAGGUCGACAGCCGUCGACGGCCUCAUGGCCGUGGCGUGAGCUACGAGGCAAACGGUUCGAUUUACAACGGGGAAUGGCAUCACGGCGAGCGGCGUGGUACGGGGGUCUUACAGAACCUAGACGGUCGGAUUUACAGCGGGGAAUUUCGUAAUGGAAACAUGAACGGUAAAGGCAAGCUUAUUGAGGGUGGGAACGUGUACUACGGCGAGUUUGUCGCCUCGCUCAAACACGGCAAGGGGGUCGAGUUUUCUGGGCUUUAUGCGAUGGAGGGUCAAUGGGUGCGCGGCCUCAGUAGUGGCUACUGCAAGAUAUGGGAUAGCAUCACUAGCGAACUCUACGAAACGACAUACCACGAGGGGAAAGAGCGAGACGACUGCUUUCUAUACCCAGUCAAAGUCGAGGACCGCCUGACUUUAGACUGCGCCAACUGCAAGACCAGCUUCUCACUCUUCCUUCGGCGCCAUCACUGCCGUCUUUGCGGAGAUGUAUUUUGUGAUGCUUGCACACAACCCCGCGCCACGCUGCCGGAUCAUUUCUCCAAGAACGCUAAAGGUGGUGAGAUCAAUAGGGCUAACCUGGACGCCCAGCGGGUGUGCAACGCGUGUUUUUCGCGGCUUCAGCAACGCAGGAUGGUCGCAAUCAAGCGGUAUGCCGACAAGUCCAUAUACGCGGGGUGCUGGAGCCAACGUCAGUGGGUCUCACGUGGGCUGUAUUGCCGCCCAGAUGGACUUUUUAUCGUCAUGGAUAAACACGGCAAGCCGAUCCUUGAAAAAAGCGCGGCGAACAAGGUCGAGCAAGCGGGCAGCGGCAACAAUGGUAAUAAAACCUCUGAGACAUGCGUUCCCAAUGGGGACUCAACCGCCAAAAAGUCGACGCUAGCAUGCGACGAGGUAAAGCUGCAAGACGCGAGCCCCUUACGAGACACCUUGAAGGCAUUCACGGAAAGCUCACCCUACAAGGAACUGGAGCUAUUCUCGUUGUGGUGGACGCAGAUAACGACAGAAUGUAAGCUGAUGGUACCCCUUGAACUACCACUCAUUCAGCGAUGCGAAGGUUUCCGCCAGAAGCUAUUACCGACAGAGGCAAAGGAAGGCCAAUUGGAGGGUGGUAGCCCUGCAGAUGCUAUCCAUACCAAGAUCGAGGAUAGCACCAGCUGCUUUCCUAAACCACCUGUGGUGCCUUCACCCAAGCUUUUUGUAUGCAUGCAUGACGCCUAUCACGAGCACAAGGUCCCAUCCAGUCACGAAAACCCUGAGUCUCAGAAUGUGGCAGGCGACGAACAUACUGCAAUACGAAAUCCAGCAUUAAUUAAUCAUGAGUCUUAUGACUACGAAGAUGAAAAUGUUCACAGUGCAGUGCUUCGUGCCGCAAAGUUCGCGCCGGAGAUCAUCCCACGUCCACCACCGCUGCCUCUACACCGAAGUCCCCAUUGUGGCGUCCCGCAUAAAACGCUUUCGAACGACUGCAUUCAACACGAAAAUCCGUCAGAUACGGGCCUUUUUCCACCUUCCGAAGCAGAGGACACCCCAGCAGAGAAUGCGGAUUCUGGACCUUAUGCCCCAUUCCUCUCGCCCCCCCCUCGAUUUGAAGCCUGUGACCGCAGCGAUGCGGUGGUGUUGACCAAAAUUGUCGAAGAACGCCUACGGUGCUUCCCUGAGAAGCAAAAGGAACCGGCCCGGCUGAUCUCUCCCACCCCCGUCCCGCCUCCGCACGGCACGAAUGCGGAAAUUCGCUGGGAGGACUGGGGGACUCGCGAGGUGCCCACCUACAAGGGGAACGCGCCACGCGAAGGGCAGCCCAGCGCGGCCCCUUCGGAGGCCCUCGGCUAUGUCUCCUGCCCUUUCUGGCGGCCGCACACGACUGACGCGCAGGGGAUGCUCGUGGCGGGAAAGAUGACCCGCGCGGUGGAGUUGAUGCGGGGAAAGGACUGUAGCCCGACCACGCAAGGACGCCCACGGGCCGUCCCCCCUGCACCCCUUGACGCCGUCUCGGACCUCUCCUCAGAGGACUCUCUGGGGAGUCCGGACGGGAUCGUCCCAACGGAACCCAAGGCCCAGGCCGGACGGAAAGGGAACUCCAGCCCUUCCAUGUCACACAACGGGCGGUCCGAGCGCUGGGACAGUCCAGGGCCUCAUCCCCGUCCUCUCACAGGGAGGGCGGUCAGUGCGCAGGACGGGAGGCCACUUGGAGUUGGGAGGGGGGACGCCGGAUGGCUUCCCGCCCCGUUGACCGGGCCGUUCCGGUUUCACAUUCAGACCCUUCCCCUCCCCGCAGGGGGUGACCGAGCGGGGAAGAAAGUGAUGCGGGUGAAGGUCGCCAUGCGGCCCUAUGGAUUGAAGAAUGAUGCAUAG